AGGAUGUCGUAGUUCGGCCGCGAUUCCCGGCAGUCGGAGAUGGCGGCUGUGGUUCGGCGGGAGCGGGAUUAGCGGUGUGGACUGUGAGCAGUGAGAAACCAUGACUAUUAUAGACAAAGUAUCUUCAGCUCAAGCAGCUUGCCAGAAUCAUGUGUGCAACACCAUCAGACCGUCAUCUGGAGGUAUGGACACAGCUUGUGCAAUAUGCGGCGUAGUAACAGCUCUAGCUAAACUCUCUCUUGGACCUAUUCCUGGUGCUGCUGUCUUCUCAAAUUCAUCUGUUCCUGAGGAGCCCUUGCCUUCAGAGCAGACUGUUCCACCAAUGGAGGUACCAGGAGAUGGCAUUGACCCCCCGGAAAAGAUCCUUUUUCCUACAGAGAAGAUCUCCAUGAAGUGGCACAGAAUACAGAAAGUUGGAGCUGGUCUCCAAAAUCUCGGAAAUACUUGCUUUGUAAACUCUGUAUUGCAGUGUUUAACGUAUACUGCACCGCUUGCCAACUACCUGCUUACCCGUGAACACUCAAAAACAUGUCGAGAUCAGGAUUUCUGUCUGAUGUGUGUGAUGCAGUCACAUGUAUUACAGGCUCUGUCUAACUCAGGUGGUGUUAUCAAGCCUACUAGUGUGAUCAACGACCUGAGACGUAUUGCAAAGCACUUCCGUUACGGUAGUCAGGAAGAUGCACAUGAAUUCCUUCGUUUUACGGUAGAAGAGCUUCAAAAAUCAUGUCUUAAAGGUUGCUACAGGUUUGGUAGAAACACACAAGCAACAACUCUUGUUAACCAAAUAUUUGGUGGUUAUCUUCGUUCUAGAGUGAAAUGUCUCAACUGUAAAGCGGUUUCAGACACCUAUGACCAGUAUCUUGAUCUCACUCUGGAGAUUAAGUCCUCCCACAGCAUAAACAAAGCAUUGGAGCAUUUUGUUAAGCCAGAACAACUGGAAGGGGAUAACGCUUAUAAGUGUGGAAAGUGUAAGCAAAUGGUGACUGCUUCUAAGAGGUUUACUAUCCACCAAACAUCAAAUGUGCUCACUCUGUCACUCAAGAGGUUUGCAAGCUUCUCUGGAGGAAAACUAUCCAAAGAGGUUAAAUAUCCAGAAUAUCUUGAUGUCCGUCCAUACACCUCCCACCCCAAUGGCGAUCCAAUUAUUUAUCAUUUAUAUGCUGUCCUUGUUCAUACUGGUUUUAGUUGCCAUGGUGGACAUUAUUAUUCAUACAUUAAGGCCAGCAAUGACCAGUGGUAUCUAAUGAAUGAUUCCGUUGUAUCCAGUGCUGAUAUCCGUACGGUGUUAAACCAACAGGCUUAUUUGCUGUUUUACAUCAGGUCUCAGAAUUCACAGAAUACGCAGAAUGGAUCCGGGGUUUACACUGUGCAUACUGCUCGGCCAACCUCUCCACAGCCAAGUAGUAGCCAGAGAGGAGGCAGCAGCAAAUCUUUUAUAGGACCCACACACGUGAUAAAGAAUGGAAAACCUGUUAAUGGCAACCGGUCACCAAAAAUAGCACUUAAUAAUUCCAUGAUGAACAACGGCAUGAAUCCAAAAAGAUCAUCCUUUAACAACACGCCCAUUAACAGACAAUCUAUCAAUACAUCUACCAAGAAGCAGAAAAUCACUAUAAAUAUAAGCAAGCUCCCGAACCACCACGCACAUUCCUUGUCAAUCUCUCAAAAGGCAGACUCUGUAUCUACUACUACUACUGCAUCAUCCACAUUAACCAAACCCAUUACAGGGCACUCUACCUCAGCAGCUCCUACACCUUAUGUACAUAAACCAGUGCCACACAAACCCUAUCCUACUUCAAUAGUGAAUGGUCAUUCUAAAAUGCUGGUUCCUUAUGGUGGGGAAUCGUCUGAAGAAUCUGAGGAGGAACUGAAUAGGCCAAAGAAAUGGCAUGGCACCUCUGCAAGCGAGCCUGUUGGUACAAAUGGACUUGGCACUUCUAAUAAUACUCCUAGUAAUGAAACAACCUUAACUGUUACCCAAAAAGAGGAGGUAUCUGUUUCUAUGGUAAAUUUUGUAAGGAAUGGAGUGUCCAACCUAAACACAAAUGGACUCUUAAUUCACAAUAAAGAGCAUCUCAGAGGAUCUGCUUCUCCCAGUAUCAAUAAUGAGAAUGUUAAUUCUAUAUCACAGUUGACUAAAGAAGAGCGAGAAUUUCAGUCAACUUUUACGAACGUACAAAAUGGACGGCCAUCCGAGAAAAGCAUGCAAGACUCGGGAAAUGACACCAUUGACGACAGAAGGUCUUCACUUGCAUCAGAACAUGUUAAAGUCCAGCCUGAGAAUGGUGCAAAGAUUAAUGCAGAAUCAUCUUCUGGGUCUGAGGAGAAACCAAGAAGUGAGAAUAACAGUACUGAAAUUGACGGUUGUAUGAUAAAUGCCCCGUCUACAAAUGGCUACGGCAGUGAGUCUUCCACCCACUUAUUGGAUAUUUCUGAAAGUGAAGGUUCUGUAUCACUUACAGAAUCAAAUCAAAAACAAGAGACUGAAACUUCGGUGAGCUUAUCCAAAAACGGAUAUUGUGCGCACCAAGACUUAACUCAAAAGGCACAGCCCUUUGAACACACUAGCGAUCAUGAAAAUAAAUCAAGCGAGAGGCAAGCCAUUGCGGAGAAGAAGCAAAUUGUUUUUGCGGAUACCAAGAGAGUUAAAAGGGAACACCUCCGAAAUGAAAGAUGCCGCUCUGAUAGUAAUGAUCGGGUGGAUGAGAAGUCUAAAACAAAUGGCCAUAGCAAAGAACGUCAUUCCCAUAAUAGAGGAAGUAGGACACCUGAUCGUUACCGACCAUCUUAUUGUAAUGAAUACAGACAUAGAAACAACUCUAGAAAUAAUUCAUAUUCAUACAAAGACUACAACAGCCAUUACAGGGCAAGGUCAAGAAGUAGAGACAAAGACGACUAUUCUAGAAAGUUUGAUCAUUCAAAACACAGUCGUUCUCGCAGCCAUGAGAGAAACUAUCCAGAUAAAACCAGAAGAUGCGAUGAUUACAGAUAUUCUGAUUAUUAUUCAUCUGGUUUCAGAGAUGCCAAAGAAAGGCACUAUGAUGACCGAGACUAUCAUAACAAAUCCUACAGGGAUUACCGCAGUGGGUGGCAGUAUCCGGAUCGAAAUAAGGGACGAGAGCACUUCUAUGGCCCAAGGCAUAAUCCAUACUACACUCAUUCUCUUCCACGACAGUCUAAUAAGUACUACCAUGAGGAUUCUAGCAAUGUAGAUGAUCACUACCACAAUGAUAUUCAUUCCAAAAAGCGAAAAUUUGAGGACUUGCAUAAGCAAAAAGAAAUCGAUGUUUUGAAUGAAAGAAAACGUAAAUACACUAACGUGCUAGGGAACUGUGAAAAAUAUGAUGCCAGACACAAACUAAUGCAUACUACAACGUAGAAAAUGUGGCAUUUAAGACUAAAAGUAAGGUCCUGUUUUUCAGGGUUUUUUUUGUUUUUAUUUUUCCUUCAAUAAAAAAAUAUAUUUUUCCGUGCCAGAGCAGUUUUUUUUAGUUUG